AUGACAGCUGGGAAUUUGGCAUCCACUCGAAGGAGUACUGAAAUAAACGAUUUAUACAAUAUACAGGUGCGGAAAAACUUUUAUGCUUUCACCUGUGACAGCAACGAGGCAGACUGGCAGCAGAGGACCAGAAAAUUACCGAAUGUCGUUGCGCAAGUUUCGAGGUCUGGCUGGUCCCCGGCCGUAGUCGCCCACCGCUCGGACCUCGUCGCCGCCGGUCCCGAGCACGCUGUCCCUAGCCACCCGGGGCCAACGCCUCUGGCUCUGCCCUUCCCGCUUACGUAA